AUGAAGGCAGUUUUAUUACUAUUUAUAUGUGGCUUUGGUUUGGUAUACCCCACCUGUGAACCAGGAUGGACCUUAUUUAAAGAAGAUUGUAUAUGGUUCAGUAACACUCCUAAGGUCUGGUUUGAUGCUGAGCUCGACUGUCGAAGACGUAAAUCAUGGCUGAUGUCUGACGACAAUGAAGAGAAACACAAUUUUAUUUCACGUAUUCUCUAUGCCUUCAAAAGCUUCCACUUCAAUCAUUAUUUCAUCGGCGGGAGUGAUAUCACUUUUGAGAAUCAAUGGCGAUGGUUAGAAACCGGUGUUCAGGUUGGACCUUUCACAAGAUGGGGAACGGGAGAACCAGACGGAAAUAACUCUAAAAACUGCCUCUCACUGAAGUGGGAAAAUGAUCGAAACCUCGUGUGGUCUGACGAAAAUUGUGGAUCUCACUCGACCCACCCAGUUGCAAAUCAUUCUAAUGUCCAUGGAGCGGAAUACUAUAUAUGCGAAAAACCGUCAGGCACUGGUGGGCCGAGUGUUGUUGGUCGUCGGUAACUGGGAAACGAGC